AUGGAUGGGGACGGUAUGGGGCACCCGGCCUCUAUGUGCCACGAGUGCGACGAGCACACCCUGCACGAGCCCGACGACGUGCUCACCUGCCUAGAGUGCGGCUACACCGCGUGCGGAUCCCCCCCCCGCCGCCACAUGCUCCGCCACUGCCUCACCCAGCCGGGGGACGGCCACUGUUUCGCCGCCAGCCGUGAGCGCGCCGAGAUCUUCUGCGCGCGGUGCUGCGACUACGUCUACGACGUGGAGUUCGACACCGCCGUGUCUCGCGUCGACGACAGCUUCGGCCUGCACACGGAGUGGGACAAGGGCAGCGACUGGGGGGCCGGCGGUGGUAGCGCCAGGGACGGGGAUGCCUGCGUCCGCGGGCGCCGGCGCCGGCGCGCGCGCGGGGACGGGUUUUACCGGGUGUCAGGAGGGAAGGAGCGGGCGUCGCCGCCGCCGGUGCUCCUGUCGCCGGCGAGAAGCCGACUGGUCGCUGCCGGUGUGAGGGGUAUGUUCAACCUCGGGAACACUUGCUUCAUGAGCUCUGUGCUGCAGGCGGUGCUCCACAUCUCUGUGAUGCAGUCGUUCUUCUCCGACAAAGGCCACGAGCCGGCUCGCUGCGAGAAACUCCGCAAGGAGACCACCAAGCUGCGCUCGCAGAUCCUUCAGUACGACUCCAACGCGUCGUUUGAUAGUCAUCCGGGAGCUGGCGGAGGCGGUGCGGGGGGACUGGGGAAGGAUUCGGAGAAGAUGACGAUUGCCAAGAAAAUCGGGGAGUACUGCAUCGCGUGCGAGCUUGCCCGGCUAUUUCAUGACAUGUUCUCGACAGAAGGUGAACCAAGGACACUAGCCCGCCGUCAGACAGUCGUGGUUGUGUCUCCACUCGCGAAAGUAGUACGUCACCCAACUCAUCUCUCUGGGUUCUCUGUCCCACGCAAUACAUUGUUUCGUUGGCUGCUUCUGGCCGCCGCCGCUACGCUCGGAGACACGGAGCCUUACGUGCCCCACCGGCUCCUCGAGGCCGUGUGGAGCGCGUCGGAGUUUCUGGCCGGAUACGAGCAGCAGGACGCGCACGAGUUCUUGAUCGCCGUGCUGGACAGCCUCCACGGGCACCUAGACCGCGCCGCCAGGGAAGAGUUGAACGCACCGGUGCUUCGGCGCACGCUGGCGGCCCACAAGCUGCGCGCCAAGCAGAAGCAGAAGAAGCAGGAGGCUGCUGCAGCGGCAGCGGCGGCGGCGACGGCUGCUACGGCCCAAGAGUUGAAGGGACAGCUGCCGUCUCAACCGCCAAAGAAGCAGCAGAAGCAGCAGCACCAGCCGAAGAAGGCGGGAAAGCAAAACGGCAGCGUCAAGAGCAGCGGGGGCACGACGCAGCAGCAGUCGCUGUCGGCGGCAGCGGCGGCAAAAGCGGCAAAGGCCGCGGCGAAGGCAGCAGCCGGAGGAGGGAAGGGUGAAGGCGAGACGGCAAAAAACAGCCGUAAACGCAGCCGGAGCGCUAGCGGCGUGGCGCCGGAGGCGGCUGCCGCUACUGCGUCCGGGUGGGAGAGCCGGCCACCGUUACCUGGAGGCCGCAACAGCGGGGACAGCCACGAGAGGGGUUGCGCACCCCCGGGACACCCUUUUGCUACAGGCUGGCAAGGAGAAAACGGUGCCCAGCAUCCCGCUACGUCGGAAUGGCAGCCCAAUGGUGACAGUGGUGGCGAUAUGUUCGCGCAAUCUGAGCACACGAACGGUUUCUCGGCGUCUUUGUCAUCCUUUCCGUCAAGCGGAAACGCACCGCCUCGCGCGACUACGGACGGGGGAGGUGGCUACAACGGCGGCGAAAAUGUGUGGACAAAAGACCGAUGGGGAGGGGAAGAAGAGGAAGGGGCGUCGGCAAGAGCUAAGGUUGGCAAUGCCACUGCCAAGAAUGGGAGUAUGUUGAACGGCCAGUGUCUGGAGGACCUUAACCUGUCUGGAUUCGUCCAGGAGGUUUUCGCCGGGGUCACUCGUUCGGACGUCGUGUGCACCGCCUGCGGGGAUGUUUCGUGCACGUAUGAGCGUUUCCUCGAGGUGUCGCUUCCAGUACGCCCCGGUGAACAUGAGAGGCGUCAGCAGCAGCAACAACAACAGCAGGAGAAGCUCGAGCAGGAGAAGCUCGAGCAGGAGAAGCUCGAGCAGGAGAAGAAGCAAGGGGCGGAACAGACGCAGGGACGCGUGCAGGAAAACCGGGUAGCGGGAUGUUCUGCGCCUAGCUCAACGGCGCGAACGGAGAACGGUGGCGGGGUGCCGGCGAAGGCGGCGGCGAUUUUAGGGGUUGCAGACGACGUCGCCUCCGCGACCGAGAUCCCCAACAGCGGUGGUGUUGGGGUGACGGCCACCUCCCCUUCCUCCGCCUCUUUGCCUUCCUUGUCAUCUCUGUCCUCCGCGUCAUCUUCGCUACCCCUGUCGGUACAAAGGGCGCCGGCACCACCGGCCAACGCACCACGGCCCGCCACCCCUACUUCUAGCUCGGCACAGCCUCGGCAACAACAGGUCGACCCAUCAUCGGGAAGGAGCAGCCCGGCAGGGAGUUGCGCCGGCGGCGGCACCUGCAAGGACAACGACCCGCCGCCGAGCGAAGCGUCGCAGGCAACGACGCCAAGCACCGGCCGCGUAUCCCCGGGGUCCGCGACUUUUUCUGACGACGGAAGCGGUCGCUUCUCGAGCGCCGCCGCCGCCGCCGCCGCGCUAGACGCAGGGGGGGGAAGGGCGUCGCCGACCCGGAACCAGCAGCAACCGGCCGCCGCGGCCGUCAAGGAGGAGAAGCGGAGGGCAUCGCCCUCUCCCAGGAGAGCAGGCGGGGGGAGACGCGGCGGCAGCAAGAGCAGGAGCGUUGCGACGGGACCGGCCCGGAGCAUCACCGACUGCUUCGCGAGGUUCGCGGCGAGGGAGAGCUUGACCGUGCGCAUGGCGUGCGACUCGUGCUCGGCCGCGUCCGUGCGCAAGACCAAGCAGAUGUCGUUCUGCUCGCUCCCUCGGGUGCUCGUCCUGCACCUAAAGCGCUUUGACGCCAUGGCCGACAGAAAAAUUGACGACUUCGUGAGCUUCCCAGCCAGAGGCUUGGACAUGGGCAAGUACCUCACCGGCUGGCCGGCAGCUGCGGCCUCGUCGAGCGCGGGAGGGGUGGCUUCCGGAGCAUCCCCGUCUUCUUCGCCGCCUCUGGAUACCGGGACAGCAAAGAGCUCCCCCCCCGACGCCACCCCGGCCGCGGCAAGCGCAAAGGCUGAGCUUUCGGGCGACGUGCCGGCGCCGUCCCUGCCCUACGACCUCCUGGCGGUGGUGAACCACUCGGGCGGUAUGGCGAAGGGGCACUACACGGCGUUCGUGAAAGAGAUCGGCCGCUGGUUCCGGUUCGACGACACGUGGGUGCACGAGGUGGAAGAGGAGGAGGUCCUGUCCAGCGAGGCCUACAUGCUCUUCUACUUCCAGAGGGGCGCCGACGCGGCCUGGAGGCCGACGCCACCGGCGGCGGCCACAAACGGGAAGGGGCGUUUGUCGGUGCCUUAGGUGUAGCAUGAGACCGUGAAGUUCGGGGCGUCCGGUUGAGUGGAACCCAGCCCAGCUUGCAGAACGUGCAUCACACGCUCGUUGUUGGCGUUUGGGUUAGGGCUAUGGCAGCGUAGCGAGAACGCAAGGCUCGCCGCUAAUUUUUUGCAGAUGGUACUUGCGAUUUCAGUUCGUCGCAGCAUUCCACCAAACCGGAAAGACGGAAAAUCAGUGCCUGAGAAAUAGACAACACUUGGGCGCUGGUUCGUUUCCCUCUGAGUGAGGUUUUUGGUGUGCGGCUUAGCUCCUUUUUGCAGAAAAUAGGCGGGCGAGAUACACAUGAGAAAGGGGAUGGGGGGCCUGAGCAGAGAGUGGGCGCGGGGCUGGUGGGGAGAUGGUGAGCGGGCGAACUCGAGGCACCUCGAUGAGAGAAAUCUAGCAACUGCUGUGCACCCAACCAGCAGUUUUUUUGGAGAACGCGCAAGGUUGGGAGCGAAAAGUAUGCCCGGGCCCGCCUUCCUGCCUAAUUUUCCUGUCUGUAGUCCCCCCCCCCCUUCUCGACCUGCUCCAUCCCGUCUUUGUAGUGUGAGGUCCAUCGAGAUAUUGAUAGCCAUCAUCAAAUAUAGAACGGGUUCAUGGGUCCGCAACCCUUUUCCCGUGAGAUUACGUUUCGUGCUAUUGAUGGACGGAUUUUCGAUUUUUUGAUAGACGGAUUUUCGGGUUCUUUCGUGGUGACUAGCUCCCAUCCUUGUCAACACUGUGACUCCCGGGUGGGCUCGUAAUUGAAGGCAUCCACCAUCGUUGACCGCCUUUGAGGCGCAUCAAAUGAAGUGUUCACCUUUUUGUUGGACGAGGAGGACUUUAGGUGACAAGCAGUGAUUCGAGAGUAUUUCCAUACGAGCUCUUGCGAAAAGAGGCAGAUUGUGUGAUGUUGCUGGUGAACACGGCCGUGGCUGCGCUUGCAGUAUAG